UUCCCUUUUUUAGGCCACAACUUUGCUUGAAGCAACCAAAUUCACAUUCAAAUUAUUGGUUUAAUUUGUUAUCCCUCUUAGUGUUUUUAGCCUGCAAGACUAACCAAUCCCACAUGUAUAUACCAAUGGAAAAAGCGAGGCAACUCCAUUACUGAAUUGGUUAUUUUGUACCAAGAAGUACCUCUAGCAAGGAUCAAUCAUCUUUUCUCAUUCCAACUUUUGUGAAGAAAUUGAAAAUACUACCAAUAUGUCAAAUAGAGGCUCAUCAUGGAUAGCUCUGAAAUUCAGAGGUGUUGUUGAUGUAAUUCGUGCCAGCAGAUACCAAUCAAGCUAUGUUGCACUACAGAGAAACAGACCAAUUGUGUCAGCAGCUAGAACUGAAAGAGGUUAUUGGAUGCACCCUGGUCAGCAAUUCUAUAGCAACAACACAAGCACUAAUCCAAAAGGAAUAAAGGAUGUGAAGGCUCAACCAGAAGCUCCUGCACCUGCUUCUAAAAUCUUCACCUUCUUCCCUCAUUGGUUAAGAUGGGUUUUGGGCAUGGUACUUUCUCUCUUGCUACCUUUCUGGAAAUCUUACUGGCGAAAACUACAGAUAAUACAAGCGGAGGCAGAGUUUGUGGUUGAAGAGGCUGAAGCAGUGGCAAAAGUGGUAGAAAAAGUGGCAACGGUAGCAGAAAAGGUAUCUGAAGAUGUAGCAGAGAUGCUUCCUGAGAAUGGUAAACUAAGAAAAGCAGCUUUGGUUGUAGAACGUGCAUCAAAAGAGGCAGCACAUGAUGCUCAGUUAACUGAAGAAUUCAUACACAAGGUUGAAGAACUCAAGAAUGACCUGGAUGAUUUAGAAGCCUUCGUUGAACCAGUAAUUGACAAGAUUGUGAAGAUAUAAUGAUUCAUGCCGAAGUAAAAAUUACUUUCUCUGUAUGUAUUGUGUGACUGCACAUCCCUGUAUAUAUUUUUCUUUUGGGUUUAAUUAAGUUUUUCAUAUUUAAAAUAUAGAUCGUUUUUAGAUUAUUAUCUAAUAUUUAUUUUUUUCAAUUAAGUAUCUAAAAAAAUCUUCAGUUUUAUUUUACUAUUUGUUAUUAAUUAUCUUUCAUUAAGUGAUAACGUAACUGAUGAAGUGUCACGUCAUCAUGUCUUGUUACGGACAUCUUAUUAUCACGUCAUUACUUUCAAUGACAUGACAACAAUAUGUUAGUGAUCGAGAGUGAUGACAUGACAUUUCAUCUGUUAUCUUAUCACUUAUCAAAAUGCGAAAUGAAACAAAAAAAAUUCCUUGAUAGAUAUUUGACAAAAAAUGAAUUUUUAGAUAUUAAUCUUAAAAUGACCUAAUUUUCAGGUAUGAAAAACUUAUUUAAAUCAUAUAUAAUUGAUGUUUUGCCGUCUAUGAUCAAUGUACAUAUGUAACAUGUUAUGUCUUCCAUCACUCUUUCUUCACUAUUCUCUAGACCCAAAAUAUAUAUUUCACCAUUUGAUCUUGUUGGUUCUC